AUGGCGCCUUCAGUGUGGUCUGCUUUGAUGUCACAGGGCCGAAUGCAACAUUUGUCCCUAUUGACAGCAAAAUGAACUGGACUGAGGCCCAGAGCUACUGCAGGAAACACCACACAGACCUGGCCAGUGUGAGAAACCUGGCGGAGAACCAGCAGAUUGUUGAGCUGUUAUCUGGAUGGCAAUCUACCGCCUGGAUCGGCCUUUACAGAGACUCCUGGAAGUGGUCCGAUGGAAGUAACUCCUUCUUCAAGUACUGGGCAGAUAAUGAACCUAACCUUUACAUAGUUUUAAAUGUUUGUGUGGCUGCAGAUUUCGACAACUUUGGAAAAUGGGAGGACUUGGACUGUGGAGUGGAGAAACCAUUCAUUUGCUACGGACGUGAGUAA